AACGGGUCACGAGAUCCGUGGGGGCAGCGUCUUGACAACCUCCGCCCGGCUGCUGCUGCCGGGCUGUCGCGGUGAUGUCCCUGUUGAAUUUCCCAGAGCUCUGCUUCAACGUGGAUAACGGCUACUUGGACGGGUUGGUUCGGGGCUUCAAGGCCGGGGUGCUGAAAUUGGCAGAUUACCGCCACCUGGAGCAGUGUGAGACGCUGGAGGAUAUAAAACUCCACCUCCAGACCACUGACUACGGAAACUUCCUGGCGAAUGAGAUAUCGCCACUAACGGUGUCACUCCUUGAUGACAAACUCAAGGAGAAGAUGGUGGCCGAGUUCCGCCACCUGAGGAGUCAGGCCUACGAACCGCUGGCCAGCUUCCUGGACUUCAUUACCUACAGCUACAUGAUCGACAAUGUCAUCCUCCUCAUAACAGGCACCUUGCACCGUCGAAGCGUCGCUGAGCUUGUUCAUAAAUGCCACCCAUUAGGCAGCUUUGAGCAGAUGGAGGCCGUAAGCAUCGCUCAGACGCCAGAAGAAUUAUAUAACGCUAUCUUGGUGGACACCCCACUCUAUUCGUUCUUCCAAGACUGCAUCUCUAAGGAGGACCUGGAGCAGAUGAACAUUGAGAUCAUUCGAAACACACUGUACAAAGCCUACCUAGAGGCUUUCUACAAGUUUUGUGCCUCACUGGGGGGCACCACAGCGGAUGCCAUGUGUCCUAUCCUGGAGUUUGAGGCUGAUCGCAGAGCCUUCAUCAUCACCAUCAACUCAUUUGGCACUGAACUCACCAAGGAGGACCGGGCCAAGCUGUUCCCACAUUGCGGGAAGCUCUACCCUGAGGGUUUGUCAUUGCUGGCCCAGGCUGAUGACUACAAGGAGGUCAAAACCGUGGCUGAUUACUACCUGCAAUAUAAAGUGCUCUUUGAAGGGGCUGGUGGCAAUCCUGGAGAUAAGACUUUGGAGGACCGAUUCUUUGAGCGUGAGGUGAAACUGAACAAAAUGACCUUCCUCAACCACUUCCACUUUGGCAUCUUCUAUGCCUUUGUGAAGCUCAAGGAGCAGGAGUGCCGGAACGUAGUGUGGAUUGCCGAGUGCAUCGCUCAGCGCAACAGGACCAAGAUCCGCAACUAUAUCCCCAUCUUCUAACUCCCUCCUCUGUUCCCCUGUUUCCUACCCUUUGACCAAGACUCCAAGAGGCCCCCUGGGCACAGAAAGUGCUCCUUAUGUGCCAGGGGUAGUGUGCAUAUGUGUAUUUGUAGUGAUCACU